UUUUUGAAAUUUAUUCAAGUUGAUAACAGGCAGAAUCAAAUUUGUAGAUACUAGAUUUAAUUUUUUUUGAUAGUAUUUGUAAAAGUUAAUACUUUAUUGUAGUUACAACAAAUAAUUAAAAUUAAGCAAGCAGUCAGAGUUAUGAGCAAGGUAGAGUUUUAAAACCAAUAGUAGGUUUCAACUAAAAAUAAAAAUUUGCAGCAAAGUUAGCUUAGAGGAUUCAACAUUAAAAAUAGUUCAAAUGAUCAUUUAGAUUUUAUUGAAGAUAUUAAAAAAAAAGGAUGGAAAGGAGAGUAAUUAUUUAGCUUUAAUGAAAAAAAUUCAAGUAAUUAAAAUCAAACAAACAAUGGAGGUGCUUUAAUUGGCGAAAUUAUUUUUGAAAAGAAUGUUUUAUGUUUAGCAAGCUUAAUUUCUCAUCAUUAUUUGGUAUCAAUUAGAAAGAUAGAUAUUAAGUAUAGACCAUCUCAAUUAAAAUUUCAGCUUAUAAAAGAUCAUUAAAGCUAUGAAAUUGAAAGCUAUGAGCAAAAAGAAAUAGAAAACUACUUUUUGAUAGUAUUCAAAUUAAGAAUAAAUUUAGGUGAAUAAUUAGGAUUUUUAGGAGUGAUAACUUAUUUGGAUAAAAUCUACUAUGAGCAAUAUGAUUUACAAAACAAAAAAAAGACUGUAUCUAUACCUUACAGUGUUUAAUAAUAGUAUAUUUCAGAUAUUGUUGACGAUACUAUUGUCAUUACGAAAAAUAUUUCAAACAAGACUUGUGAAGAUAAAUUAAAUGAAUUUUUUGGAAUUCCUGUAGUCGCAAAUGAUCCUUUUAUUGGGUUAUUUAUUAUUGGCUUGGUAGUAAAGUGUGGACUAACAAAUUUAAAAGCUAUUCUCCUAUAAUAACAGCACUUAUAAUUUAUGAAAAGAAUAAUUACUAACAGUGAAUCAAUAGAUGAUGAGAAUGUAAUAUUAUAGGAAGAAAAGUCAGUUAUCAAGAACAUUACUAAGCUUGAGAGUCGAGUAAUUUAUUAAAAUAAUGGAGAUCUUGCUCAUAAAGACGGAAUAUACACUUUAUGUAGAUUAAAUAAUAGUUGUCUAGCUAGCAGUUCUGUUGAUAAAACUAUUAGGAUAUGGGACUGGAAGGGUUAAACUCUUCUUAAUAACUUAGAUUGUGAUGGAUGUUGUAGAUAUUUUGUUUGUGAAGACAAUUUGCUAGUCGGAACUAGUGAAAAUUAUGUAAUAAUUAUAGAUUGGUAAAGCAGAAAAAUUGAUGGAGUUAUUCCUUGCAAAAAUAAACUGUAUAGCUUAUUGAUUUUCAAAAAUAAAACUAUAUUUGCUGGUGAUUGCUAUGGAAAUAUUAAUAUUAUAAAUAACACAAAUCUGAUGUACUACAUCAGAAACCACGACGAAAAUCCCAAGGGUCACAGAGGCAGUGUCAAUGUUAUGCAUAAAAUAAAUUAAAUUCCAAAUAUUUUUUUUACAGCUGGAGAGUUUGGAGAAAUCAAAGUUUGGGAUAGUGAAAAAUUUGAAUUAAAAGGAGAAUUGAUAGGGCAUGAGAAAGAAAAAAGUGUGUACUACUUGGAAAGCUAUUCAAUUAAUGGAUAAAAAGACUAGAGAAAUGAUGAUUAAAAUUUAUAAAAUUAUUUCUUGAUAUCUGGUAGCAGUGAUAAAACGAUAAGAAUUUGGAAUAUACAUUCUUUUUAGUAAUAUCGAGUUAUUUAAUUAAUUAACCCAAUAUAUGCUGCUUGCAUUAUUAAUUAGAAUGAGCUUGUAAUUGGUGAUGGUAGUUGUAUUAAAAUUUUAAAUAUUCACAAUCAGUAAGAGAGUUUUAUAAUUGAGAAACACGACUGCAGAGUUAAUGCAAUAUGUAAAUUAUCUGAAACAAGUUUUGCAUCUGGUGAUAUUGAAGGAAGUAUUAUUACUUGGUCAUUAAAAAGACCAGCAAUUUUGAUAUAAGAUGGAGGAGAUAGCAGUCCAAGCAGUUCAUUCUAAUAAGAGAAUACUUAAUCUUAAAAAUCAAACUCGGUAAAUUAGAAGUAAAAGUAGGCUCAGUAAGAUAAAUCAAUUAAACCAGAUAAUUAAUAAAGCUAAUCAUAGCAAAAUGCAAAUGCUGCUUUUAACAAUUUAGAAAAUAAUUUUGAUCAAUCAAAUUUGAAGUAAUAAAAUCAUCAUCACAACAACACUUUGCAGCAUAGAUAUGAAGAGAAGAGUUUUGAAUUAAUAGAAAAGCAAAAUGAUGAAGUGACUAGGGGCUCAAAGUCUAAUUCUAAUUAGUUUAACACUCCUUAUUUAGGUUCACAUCCAUUUUAAAAAGAAUAAAUAUAGUAAGUUGCACCCAUUUAGCUAAAUGAUAUUUAAUUUUAAAAUCCAUAUUAAGAAUAAAUUAAUUAAAAUAAGUCAAAUGGUAAUUAAAAUAUUGUAAAAAAGAUGAAUAAUAGCAUAUAGCCUUCUUCAACUACUCAUCAGCAGAGAUAACCUCCUUUAUAAAAGUUAAAUGUAGAAUUCUUUAAAGAAGAUUCUUAAAACUAAAAUUUUAAUAAUUUACAAGAAGCUGCUGAUAAAAAUAAUAAAACUCAACCUCUAUAAUUAAAUUAAGUUCAGGAUUAUAAAAGCGCUCACUACAAUGAUAAAUCUCCUUAAGCUUACAAGAAAAAUAUUUCAUCAAAUAAUUAACCCAACUACUCAACUUGUGAUUCAAGAAAGAUAGAUUUUAAUUUUUUGCAGUAACAAGAUAAAUAAAUUGAAUAGAAAUAGAAUAUUUUUAAAAAUUAAAUGGCAGCAAACUAAAAUUAGUAGAACUUUCUUUCUUAAAAAUAAAAUGAAUCCGAGUUAGCAAUUGGAAAUAAAGAUGAAGGCUUUUCUACAAAAACAAAUGGAUAAAAUUCUAGCUAAUUAGCUUAAAAUUUUAAUGGUAAGAAUAAUCUAAACGGAUUAAAUAAUAUUUAAGUUUCUUAAGAAAGCGGUUUGAUAAAUAAUCUUAACUCAUAAGAUUAGCUAAACUCAAGUAAGUUCUAAAAUUCAAAUAGUUUUAUAGAUUUACUUAAACAAUUUGAUGACAAUGAUAAAUACUAAAUCAUACACUAGAAGAAGUUAGGAGUGAAUAUCUCUCCUCUUUCAAAAGGAUUAAAUAAUUCUAACCAAAGUAUUCAAAUUAAUGGGUAAAACACCUACUAAAAAAUUUAGUAAAGAUUUCCUUUUUACUAAACUGCAAGUAAUGAGCAUAAAGAGUAAUUAGAAUACUACAACAUGCUGAUUCAGCAAUAUCAAACAUAAAACUAAAAUUAAGUUCAGUAAUAACCUAAAGAAAAAUAAAGAAAUGAAAUUAGUUUAGAUAAAGCAUAAAAUAAAAAACCUCUUUCUCUAGAUACUGAAUCUGUAGAAAGAGAAUAUUAGGUUGCUUAAUAAAAAGUAAACCUUGAUUUAUAAUAAAUAGGAGUAAAUCCUCAGUAAACUCUUACUCCUAAAUCAGCAGAUUUCAAAACUUCGUAGUAAAGAUAGAAAGAAAUCAUCUUAGGAUUUAACUUAAAAGAAGGAGACACUUCAUAUAUGAAAAACUAUAAUAAAAAUACUUCUUUCUCACCAAUUAAUUAGAGUAAUAUUGAUGAUCUUAUUGAUAAAGAUCUGAAGGAAGAAAUUAAAAAACUAACUUAAAAUUCAGAAGCAGCACAACAUUAAAAAUUACUUUAAAAAGCCAUAGAUGAAGCAAAAGAAAAAGACAUCUUAAUUGAAAAACUGUAAAAAGAAAAUAAAGAAAUGAAAGAACAAUUAUAAACACAAAAUUCUUCAAUAGAAAAGUAUCAAAAUUAAAUAUAAUAGCUCAUAGAUACUCUAUAAAAAUCAGAAGAGGAAAGAAUUUAAAUUGUAAACGAAAUCAAACAAGUAACGCCCCAGCUUUCAAAAUAUUCAGAUAUUACUAAGCAGCUAAGAGAAAAGUCAGAAAAUUAAAUUUAAAUCAUCAAAAAAUAAGAUGAAGAAAUCAAUGACUUGAAAGAAUAUAUUUUAUACUUGUAAAGUUAGAAAUAAAGAACAAACUAAGGAGCAAAUGGAAUCUAAAAAAAGCCUGAGAAAGUUUAAGUGCAUGACCAGUAAAAUUAAAUAAUUUAGCAGUAUAAAGAAGUAAAGGAAGAUAAAAAAAACAAUUUACUGUCUCCUCUUUAAAAAAAACUAGAGCUUUUACAUAACAAUAAUUAAAGUGAAGAGUAAUAUAAACAUUUUUUAUAAGUGAACAAUUAAGUUGAAGUUACUGAUUUCAAUGACUAUGCAUCUUAGGGAAAUUUAUAUACCUAUGACAAAUUAGAUUCUUACGAAAAAAAUGCUCAUGAUUCACAGAGCUAAAAAUAAAAGAUUGAAGAUCAAUUAAAUGACAAAGAAUAAAUUAUGAUUUAAUUGAGAAUUUUAUAACAAGAGUCACUAAAUCUCCAUAAACAAAUAGUCAGUCUAAAAUCUAAAAUAAGUGAAUGCACUAAUGAAAAUGAAAUGAUUCAGCUAUUAAAUGAAUUAUAGAGAAUCCACUCUCUUUAUGAAAUGAAAAAUGAUGAAAUUUCUGAAGUUAAGCAACUUUAUAAUGUUUUUUGA